GUACGCAAACUAGCAGCUUAGUGGCGGAUCAGCCGGAGCAAUGCAGCUUAUUGUGACAACGAUCCUCCUAGGAACGAUACACCUGACGGCAGGUGGAUUCUUGGAUUGGUUCCGGGGUAAUCAGGACCAGAACCAGGUACAUCGUGUUGGACCAAUCAACAUCGAGGUACUACUGCCCAAGGGUAUCCGUUUGUGGACUCACUACAAUCCCGACCAGACCCUGUUCGGCGUGGAGCUGUAUGUGAAGUACUUCGAGGGUCAAACGGAAGCCCUCGAAUGUGCACUUUGCCAGAACACGUCGGUACCGGUGUAUGGCAAGUUUCUCCUGCAAGAUGAUGAUCUGGUGGCUCGAGCCGGUGAUGUCCUGGAGUAUGUUCUUAUUACCUCCGAUGGAGAAACGGACAUGCGGCACACAACGCGCCGUACCGUAGUAGAUGAUAAUCUUAUACGGUCCGGUGAUCAGCAUUGUGAUUGUACGGUACUGCAGAACCCGGACGCACUUCUAGAACCUGCCACAGAGGUGGAGUUGCUGGAACGAAUGAUUCACCGUGUGAUAGCUAACCGAAGUCGAUCGUGCGAGUCCUUGUCCAAGUGGCUGGUGCUGCGCGUGGAACCACGGAAUGAGUUGGCCGAUGUAGAAGAGCACGUUCACACGGUGGUGCAUCGGAUGCUGCGUGUGGCCGUGCUACUCGAUAGAGAUAGUGCUAGUCUAGCCAUUUCCGACCCGACGGAACUGAUAGACCGCGUCGAGGAUCAUCCGGAUGGGAUUGCAUUCCGUGUGCGAUCGGUGAUGGAGAAAAUGAAGCUUUUAGAGCUUCUUCGAUCCAGCCGGCUAGUGGUGGACUAUGACGGGAUCUUUAGUAGGGCACUGAACAAUGAUGAGCAUGAGGAAUGAAGAAGAAAAUGAAAACCGAAAACCGUCCUGGAUCAUAUC